AACUUAUCGCAAAAAUAUUUGAAUUUGACCCAAACCCGAUCCACGGCGUACCUGUUCAGGUGGAGUUGCUGAAGCGAGUGAUUAGAGCGACGAUGAAUAGCAGCAGCAGCAGCAGCCGGAAAACAAUAAGAAGAAUCGAGAGCAACGGGCAUAUGGACAGUCUACCCAGUAGCUUACUGAUCCAUGAUAUUCUCUCCACACUCGAUUUCGAAACCCUUUGCUCUGUUUCUUGCGUUUCCAAACCCCUCCGCCUCGCCGCUUCUCAGGCCCUCUCUCUCUUCUCCUCUCUCGAUCUCUCCGCCUUUUCUCCUGAUGCCCACUUGAUUACACAGAUUUUUCCGAGGUUUACGAAUCUUAAAACUAUUGCACUUAAUUGUCUCCGGCUUGAUGAUAUUUAUGUCACGAAUAUACUUGGUGCCCAUGUCGAGGAAUUGAAGUUGCUCAAGUGCUCUUCACUUUCUUCUCAUGUUCUUGCUUCUAUUGGAACUUGUUGUCCUAAUUUAAGGAUGCUUGUGUUAGAAUUGGCAGAUACCGACCACCCUAAGAUAUUUAGCCGUAAUCUUGCUCAGCUGCUUCGUGGUUGCUCACACUUAGAGUCAUUAAGCAUUAAGAUCCGAGGAGUACAGGAUUACGCGGAUAGUUUCAGAUCUAUUGAACUCCACCUCCCUCAAGGUGUCAAAUUUUUGAGGCUGCGACCAAUUUUGGAGCGAAAUGCUAUCAGUUUAAUAUAUAAACUCGGGGUGGCUAAAUACAUAAACCAUUUUAUACCUGUCUGUCCAGAUUCCUCUGUAUUCAACUUACAGUCCUUAUCACUUGUCUUAGAUGUUAUCUCUGACGAGCUUAUCUUUGCAAUCGCAAACUCACUCCCUUUCCUACUUGAGUUGGACCUUGAAGACAGGCCAAUGAGUCAACCAAGAUUGCCCCAUGACUUGACCAACAAUGGGCUUCAGUCCUUGAGCUCAUGCCGACGGUUGAUUAGCCUCUCUUUAAUACGAAGUCAUCGAAACCGGCCCGUUUAUUUCAAAAACAUAAAUGAUAUGGGUUUUUUCCUGCUUUUAGAGGGCUGUAAAAAUUUAGAGUCAGUAAGAGUAGGUGGGCUAUCUAUAGUUAGUGAUGCUGGUUUUGGUUCAAUCCUGCAAUCCUGCCUGAACCUAAAAAAGUUUGAGGUCCGUAAUGCAUUACAGUUAUCAGAUUUGGCAUUGGCUGAAAGUCUUGGGGGAUCAUGUUCGCUUGUUGAGCUAAAAUUGGUUUCAUGUAGUCUUUUGACUAGUGCCUUUAUAGAGGAUAUAAAUUCUUCUAGUACAUUGGAGGUACUUGACCUUAGUGGCUGUAGAAGUGUAGCUGAUGCCUGUCUUUCAUCUGUUUCAUUUAUUAAUACUUUGAACACCCUAGAUCUCUCUGGAGCAGAUGUCACCGAUAGUGGGUUGGCCUUUCUCAGUAAAGGUAAUUCGCCUAUUGCACGCUUGUGCCUUAGAGGCUGCAAGAGAGUAACCAACGAAGGUAUCAGUCUGUUGCUAAAUGGAAGAGGGCAGAUUCGAAAGACACUGUCCACUUUGAACAUAGGAGGCAUUCGCGGGAUAUCAGAUGAAGGCAUCCAGACCAUUUCUACUGCUGCUCUGGCCUUGUCAGAACUGUCUAUAAGGUAUUGCCAUAGUGUGACAGAUGCUUCAAUUGAGGAAUUGGUUUCUGAGAGUAGGUACCAAAAUGAUGGCAAAUUACUUAGGAAACUUGAUCUCUGUCACUGUAUUGGUUUGUCCGCUCACUCAUUGGAAACACUGAAGAGUCCUUACUUUCGCGCUCUACAGUGGCUUGGUGUUGGAUCAACCCGCUUGACUGAGAAAGGAGACGCUGCAUUGGCUGAAAUUUGUAGGGGAAGGCCGUGUCUGACUCUGUGUCAGGAAGGCUGUGAGGUGGGAUGUGAUGAUGGUUGGCAGUUUCAUAGAUCUACCAGAGGCUAAUGUUUUCUUGUGACAACUUGCUCACUAGAUUUUGUGCACCUUCUGUAUCAUUAUGUUACAAUUUGUUUUGUCCAAAUGUACAGACAGCCACAUGAUUUGUACACUAACAAUUUCGGCAAAGAUGCACGAGUAUAGAUUUGCCUGCUCACUCGAAACCCAGACAAGAUACUUUACAGUGAUUAUUAUAUUAAUUUCUUGCUUGUCA